AUGAACAAUAAAGCUACUAAUCUGGCGAAUGUGUAUAAAAUUUUAAAGAAGUAUAGCAGCCCCGCAUCAUUCUACUUAAUCCGGGGGAUCGGGCUAUUAUUUCCCUUGGAAGUUGAUACUGCGGUUAUUCACCCCAGAAAAAAAUAA